UCCCACGAGUGCUCAGUUUGCCUCUAGGAAUUGCAGGAAAACAGCUGACUUUGGUGUAAUCAGAAUUUCUUAUGUGGGAAAGAUCUGGAAAAAUACAUGGCUUCUGUGUCAGAUCUAAGUGAAUCUGUUGCUAUUCUUGCAGAGCAACUGGAGAGGAUAGACCUUCAGACGGACCAAGCUGAGAAUGUGGAGUGCGACUCUUGCACUGGUAGGAAAGAGAAAGCCCUCAAGACAUGUCUUGUGUGUUUGGCAUCUUACUGCGAAACUCACCUCAGGCUCCACAACGUCCUGAAUGUGGGGAAAGCACACUUACUGGUGGACGUCACUGGACAACUCCAAAGGAAGAUGUGCUCCCAACAUCAUAAGCUCCUGGAGGUUUACUGCCGAACUGAUCAGCAGUGUAUCUGCUGCCUCUGCAUGCUGGACACGAAUCACAAAGGACAUAACAUGGUCUCGGCCGCUGCGGAGCGAGCAGAGAAACAGAGGCAGCUGGAAAAGUCCAAGCAGAUGGUUACGGAUCGAGAGACUGAGCUGAAGGAAAUCCAGUUAGCAUCAUACACCCUUAGGGUAAGUUUGUGGCUAAUUAAAAAGUCAAAUAUUGUCCCAAACAAGUCAUUUAACCUGACUCAAGCCACGGAGGAAGAAGGUGACAGGAUCUACACUGAACUGCUCAGAUUUAUACAGAGAAGCCAGAGAGAGAUGAUUACGCUGGUCCAAUGUCAGAUGACCACGGAGUUGGACCAGAUUCAGGGACAUUUGGAAGGUCUGGAACGGGAGAUUUCAAAGUUGAAGAGACAGCAGUCCGAGCUGGAGCAUCUUUCACAUACUGAUGAUCACAUCCAUUUCCUCCUGGAGGUCCAAUCCCUCUGGCCAACUUCUCAGUGUAAUGACUUCCCCAGUCUGACCACUAAUCCACAGUUCUGUUUUGGAGAAGUGAUCAAGUCCCUCGCCUCAUUAACAGCACAUAUACAGGAAAUUUGGAGACUGGAAAUGGCCAGGAUAUUCUCAGCAGUGACCGCAGAAAAGAUCCUACUGCCGCAAGAGCCCAAGACGAGGGAGGACUUUUUACAGUUUCUGGUUCCCUUGAGUCUGGACCCAAACACAGCUCAUAGGAACCUUUGGUUAACAGAGCAGAACCGGGCUGUAGCUUGCAGUCUUGAGCCCCAGUCAUACCCAGAACAUCUGGACCGCUUUGACUGGUGGGCCCAGGUGCUGAGCAAGGAAAGUCUGAUAGGUCGCUGCUACUGGGAGGUGGUCUGGACCGGGCAGUAUGGCGUUGACAUUGCAGUGUCCUACAAAGACAUCAACAGAACUGGGCAAGGAGAUGACAGUGGGUUUGGGUAUAACAGGCACUCCUGGAGUCUGGACUGUUCUAUAUUGAGGUACGCACUAGCGCACAACAACGAGGAGACGGAGAUCAGCGUACCCCUGUCCCACCGGAUCGGGGUGUAUCUGGACCACAGGGCAGGACUGCUGUCCUUCUACAGUGUCUCUAAUACCAUGAUCCUACUUCACAAAGUCCAGACCAGAUUCACCAAACCUCUAUAUCCAGGAUUUGGGCUCUUUCAGGGCUCAACUGCUAAAUUUUGUGAACCGGACCAGGGUGGAUCACCGCAAGUAGUUGACAGAGCCCAAAACAACAAAACAUGGAAAAUUCAAAGACGCUUUAUAGUAGGUUGUCGGCGACGAAAGCCUUGAUACCCAUUUACCACCAUUGUGCUACGGGUGUCCCGAGUUCGAAUCCUGGCUCGAAGACACUUCACUUCCUGUCUCUUCUACACUGUCCUUUUGAAGUCAAAAAAACAAUUUGAUGGUUUAGAGAAUCUGUUUGUAAAGCACUGCACUUGUGUUCUCCAUUUACAUUUGUUUUAUAUUUCAUUUUUAUGACAUUUAAGGCAAAAGUGUUUUAGCUUCACAUGUAGGACAGCUUCUGACGACAUCUCUUGAUGGUAAACACUGUUCAAUGGUUUGCAUUUUAGGGAAAGAUCGCCCAAGAAUCAAAAUUCUGUCAUUAUUUUCUCAACCCCAAGUUGUUCCAAGUCUAUAUGACCAUUAUUA